AUGAGUCACUUCCCUCCAUUUCCUCCUAGCCAAUCUGGUCGGUAUUCACCGAGGCGAGCAUACGGCGACCGACCACCUUUUCCACCACCAAUGCCGCCUAUACCUCCUCGAGAUUUCCAACCUUACCCAUAUCCCUCGUCUGCACCUCCACCACCACCGUCAGCAUAUCGACCUUACGACAAUUAUCCCCCUGAACCUUCUCGACCGCCAUAUCCACCGUACCAACAGCCUCGUGGUCCUUAUGACGACCACUAUGAUCCAUACCAACCAGCCGUGAAUACUUAUAAUCCUGUUCCUCCGCCAAUGCGCAUACCUCCCCCUGGAUAUCCCUCGACAUCUUCUAUCGACGUUUCCCGACGACCAACAAGACCACCUUCUCCCCCUCCUCGUCGUUCAGGACCUUCUUAUCCUCGAUCAGAUCUGAAGCCUUCCAUCGGUCCUCAAGAUCUCACGCUCUUAACUCAUCCUACAACUGUCAAUAUCGGCGGUUUCACUGCUGCCGUACAUUCUCUUCCUCCUUCACAUUUACCAAUCACCAAAUUCGUUUCUCUCAACCGAGAUGACGCCAUCCAUUUGCACCAUCAACUGUGCUCUUCCCGUACAUCUGUCUGGUAUGCCGAUGGAUCAAGCAGAGCUGGAGAAGCUUGGUGUGCCGCUGUGGAGUGGAAAGUCAACUCGAAUUUGUCUGGAAGUAAGAUGAGAGGUUUCAUUUUAGAAGGGGACGCUUUGGAAUCAGAAUUUGGUGGUAUAUAUAAAGCUGCAGAAGGAUUUAAGGAGCUUCUGCAACAAUCACUCAAAGAUGGUAUUCCUAUUUCUCAUGAGCUUACGGUCUUCUGCGAUUCUCAAGCGGCUAUAAUAGGGAUUGACACUUCUGCAAGGACGGAGGCUAUCAAAUUUGACCAGCUUUGGAGGGAAAUCUGCUCAGAAUAUUUACACGCUCAUAUGACAUUGGUGUGGAUUCCCAAGGAUAGUGGAGUCGAAGGUCAUACGCUUGCGGACAAGAUCGCCACUGUUGGUGCGAGUAACUCUUACCUCAAACGCAGGAAGGAACGGACAUUAUCCGAUUUGUAUAUGCGUCCGGGUGGUGGAGAUCCUGAACCUUCAGCUAGUACUCAACCUGGCCCGUGGCAAAAAGGUGAUUCUGACCCGUCUAGGCACAAGUUGCCUUUUGAUCGACCCAAGCCUAAGCCAGUGUCUCCAGUCAUCAUAUCGAACGAUCUGGAUCCGAGUAGCGCAAACGAUCUCAAACUUGACUUGGGAACUGCAAGUCAGCCAGCGCCUGAUCCAGUGGACGGUGAGGACGAAGGAAUCCAACCUCGUGAAGGAGCGAUAUUUGUCACUCACUUCCCGCACGACGCAUCAGCAAAGGAUAUCGGCAUUCUGUUCGCACAAUAUGGAGAAAUUCUUGCUGUCGAUAUAUUCCACAUCUCCCCGUCUCUUCCUCGUUAUGCCAACGUAACAUACAAUGAUCCCGCUUCAGGUGUUGCGGCCAUCAACGACUUGCAUCGAAAGCUCAUCGACCUGGAAACUCCUUUCGCUCAGGUCAAUCAAGACGAUCUCGUAUUGUGGAGAAAUUGGGGAGGCCAGUUGACUGUAGUCCUUCACGAACCUCCUCGCAUCGUCCCAGCGGCGGUCGAGGCAGACUUCCCAGACCUACCAGACUGGGCUCGGGGAGAUAGAGAUGCGCACAAAAAUGAAGAAGAGGAGACUAUGGAGGUGGAAGGUCAAAUCAAGGAGGAAAGAAGCCCGAGUCCUAAUGAUGUGGGUAAGAAGAGGGAUAGGGAAUUACGAGCUGGCAAUGAAGGAUCUGCAGGGGAAGCCAUUAGAUCACCUUCUCUCAAACGUUUCCGACGGUCGUCUGGGAAUGAUGAGUCUAUUUCCCAGAAGAGUAUUUCAAGUACAAAUGGGUUGGAAGUUGCCGAAGCUAUCUCUAUCGCUGACUUGGCUCACGAAAUUCCCGCUGUGUCAUUGACGAAUUCCACAGACAAUAACAUGCUUGCUGACUCACAAUCUCUUCAAGCAUCUGGUUCAAGUAUCAUAGCUUCUCCAGCCGCCGCUGCCCAUCGUGAUGCACCACCAGCGGUGGUCAUGCCACCAUUCCCUCUCACCUACAAGCCAGAUGAAAGAGCCAAAACAUUGACGCCUCACAAUCUCACCACUCCCUUACCCAUUCCGAACGGGAACUACUCUACUCAUCCCACUUUGCCCCAAGGCAGUAUUUUACCACCUACACCUGUGAUUGCCGAACAACCAGAUACCUUGAAUAAUGUCACGUCAAGAUCUCCGAGACAAUUGACUCCACAAUCCACAACAUCCAACUCUUCCAAACCCACUAUCACCAAUUCAGCCUCGGAAGCUCAAGAGCACCCCAUCAAAGUCAGCGCCAAGGCUCUUCGUGCGCAUAUUAAUUUGGUUCAGAACUCACUUUUGAAACAUGAUGUUAACAACUGGAUCGCUCAUACUUGUCUUAUCUCUCACGAUAUUGAUCAUGCUCGGCGUGCUCUUCAGGCGGAUCUAUACGCUACCGAUGAAUGUUUCAUUUCCGGUCGCGAUUUGGAGCGUCUUCUUGCGACUAGGGGAUUUACUGCCAACAGAGUUGACACCUUUAUCACCAAAGUCCUGAAAGUACUCGAUGGAAUAGCUGCCGCCGAAGAACCGGAAUCUGACAAGUCUGACUCUGAAGAAGAUAUUGAAAGACUACAAGCCGAAUUGACAGAUGUUCUUGCUCCGUUCCCUAAUGAGACUAAGGAGUUGAUGGCUAGUGCUGCCAAGGUAUUGGAAUAUCUCAUGAGAGGAAAAGAGUUGCAAGAGAAGAAAAGGCUCGAAGUGGAAAGACGCGUGAAAGUUCUGGAAGGGAUGGUCAAAGUUGGUGAAGUGGUAGGAGGCGUUGUGAGGUAUUUAUUGACUGAAGACAAAUAA